AUGUCGGACUAUGGUGGCGAUCGUAAGAGACUAAGAAUUUAUCUUGCUUGUGAGCGGAGUGGGAAGUAUAGAUUGUAUAAAAAGUUGAAAGAUGACUCAAAAGACUUUUUGAGACAAACUGGUACAAAGAAGUGCGAAUGUCCAUUUGAUUUGAGGGCAUUCAAGUUGAAAACAAAUGAUGAAUGGACAUUGAAUGUAGUUUGCGGGCUGCAUAAUCAUCCAGCUACAGAGCAUCUCCAAGGAUAUUCAUAUGUAGGGAGAUUGUCAGAUAAUGAAAAGUCGCUAUUAGUAGAUAUGUCAAAGAGCCUAGUAAUAUCAAAAGAGAUACUCAUUACACUCAAACAGAGGGAUGCCCUUAAUAUGAGCACAAUGAAGACAGUUUACAAUGUACGACAUCGAUGUAGGGUUCUACAGAAAGCUGGUAAAUCCCAGAUGCAACAACUGCUGGGUGAAUUAGCGAAACAUAAGUACAUUGAGCGUCAUUGA